AUGACAAACAGGCUUUUCACCGGCUCUGCCAUAUUCCAGCAAGUUGCCAAAAUGACAAACACAAAAGGAAAAAGGAGAGGGACAAAAUACAUGUUUUCUAGGCCCUUUAGAAAACAUGAUGUUGUCCCUUCAUCUAUGUAUAUGCAAAUAUACGAGAAAGGUGAUAUUGUAGAUAUCAAGGGUAUGGGCACAGUUCAGCAAGGAAUGCCCCACAAAUGUUACCAUGGCAAGACUGAACGGGUCUAUAAUGUUACUCAACAUGCUGUAAAUAUUGUUGUAAACAAACAGGUUAAAGGCAAGAUUCUAGCCAAGAGAAUUAAUGUGCAAAUUGAGCAUAUUAAGCAUUCUAAGAGUAGAGGUAGCUUCCUCAAGAGGGUAAAAGAAAAUGACAAGAAGGAAGCCAAAGAAAAAAGGCACCUGCGUUCAACUGAAACUUCAGCCUGCUCCACCCAGAGAAGCACACUUUGUGGGGACCAUUGGUAA